AAUACUUGUAGUUAGGCGAUGUUUUAAGGUACAGGCGUAGACUGCUGACUGUGGACUAGGGUGCAACAGCCUGAGAGCUGAUACGCACGCUUACUAACGCUCUUGCUGCACGCACCCAACGUUUAGCACACGUAUGUCUUAAAUAAUCGCGCAUUGUCAGAACGCUUGAAAUAAUUGAAUGAAAGUAGACAAAAAUGUGUGGCAGGGGCAACUGACGCCACAGGCUGACGCUUCUCUCCAAGGUAGCAAUAUUACGUUCGUAUUGCUCAUAAGUACAAGGCACUGAAAUGGAGCGGAGCAGCGCGUAUCGGUCUUCGUCCAAAUGGUUGCGACGGAUGACGCCAUCAAGGACAUCUUACGGCUUGAGGGCCGGCUAUGUGCCUCUGCCGCGUCGCAUUGCUGCAACUGCCACAGGCAGCAAAAAUGGUAACAAGGGCCCUGUCAUCGUCAUGCGGACCCUGGGCCCAGGGAUGCCGGGACCCGACGCCAAGCCGGCAGGCAGCCACACCAGCAGCAGCGGCAGCAGCGGCAGUGUCUGGGACAGCAAGGACCGUAGUGCUGUUAACGGCAACGGCUUUAACGGAAACACCAACAGCAGUAACGGCAACCUGUCGUACACGCCAUCCAGCGUAUCAAGCAUUGACGAC